GACAUUUAUUCCAUUGAGGCGCUGUCCUUGGCACUCGCCGAGUUCAAGGGGGCCGUCCUUCUCAUCACGCACAACCGGGAUCUUUUGCGGAAGGUGGCGAAGGAGCUCUACGUCGUCUCCAAGCGCCAAAGGCGGCUCUGCCUCGUCAGCCGCGCCCUCCCCGACGGGCCGCCCCUGGACGUCCCCUCCUUCGCGGAGCUCUCCCCCAGGGCCAAAGCCGGAUGUACAGAAGCCGGGAAGCGGGAGAAGGGAGCGAAGCCCCUGAGCCCCAAGGCCCCGAAGCCGGAGCCUCCGAAGGAGGCAAGCGGAUACCCGGAGGGGCCGCUGCCGCCCUGGCUGCGGCCCGGGCGCCGCGCAGCCAGGGCCAGCCCUUGA